AUGAAGCUCUUUAACGAAUUAGAGACUAGACAUCGUAAAGAACGCGCCCACCGCCGCGGACAGAACCGGGUCGCAGUACCAGGAGAUGAGAGAGCUCGAGGAGGCAAUAUAUCAGUAUUCAGUAGGAACCGAGCCAGUGGCUGGAGUCACGCGUGUCUAGACACUAAUAUAUAUUGUAAGCUCCGAGUUAUCGAUUGCGAGGUCGGAGUGCGUCUGCCGGUAGGAGCACGAGCUUUGAGGGAGACCGAGGAGCAGCUGUCACCUUCACACCAGGGGUGGAUCAUACAAGGGGAGAGACGGGAGACCAGUCACGGAUCGUGCGCCGACCACGACGCGGGGACAACACGGAACGACUCACGACACGACUACGACACGAUACUUACUACCUGA